UCCGCCAAGAGCGAGCGCGGGGCCGGGCGCGCAGGAGUGAAAAGGAGGCGGCGGCCGCGUCUGCGAGCAACAGAUCCGGGCGCCGCGAGCUGACCUCGUCCGCCGCUGGCCCCUUUCGCUCUCUCUCUCUCUCGUCUUUAUUUUUGAAUUUCGGAAACAAAUUACAUUUGGAAAACAAAAAAUUUUCUUUUUCUAAAUGGCGCUGGCCCCGGGUCAGCGGGCUGUGUUCUUUGCACCAAGAUGGGCUUUGCCGUUUCCGUCGUGGGCACCCGUGGUGGCUUGAUUGUCAGUCUCCGCCGGGCAUCUUCGAGGCCGGGAGCCGAGCGCUGCACGUAGGCGGCUGGGCGUCCGGGCUUGUGGCUCGCGGGGCAGGCGGAGCGCGGUGGACCGCGAGCACCGCGUGCUCUCUGCACUGCCGGCGGCGAGCCGGAGGCGGGUGGCUCCCAGGGUGAACCCCGCGCCCGGGCUGUGCGAGCCCGGCCUCCCGUGCGCAGUGCCGCGGCCCCGAGAGCCUGUCCCAUCCCCGCCGCGCCGGGAAAAUGGAGGCUGUGAUCGAGAAGGAGUGCAGCGCGCUCGGAGGCCUCUUCCAGACCAUCAUCAGCGACAUGAAGGGGAGCUAUCCAGUCUGGGAAGAUUUCAUUAACAAAGCCGGGAAGCUGCAGUCCCAGCUGCGGACAACAGUAGUGGCGGCAGCUGCCUUCUUGGACGCCUUUCAGAAAGUGGCUGACAUGGCCACCAACACUCGUGGGGCAUUUGGUAUGGAUGAACCAGGCUUGAGAAAAUAUUUCUGGGGAGACAUGUCGCAGGUGGUGGCGGCGCACGCCUUGGAUCCCAGCACUCGGGAGGCAGAGGCAGGCGGCACCCGGGAGAUCGGCUCGGCACUCACCAGAAUGUGCAUGCGCCACAGAAGCAUCGAGGCCAAACUGCGGCAGUUCUCCAGUGCUUUGAUCGACUGCCUGAUAAACCCGCUUCAAGAGCAGAUGGAAGAGUGGAAGAAAGUGGCCAACCAGCUGGACAAGGACCACGCCAAAGAAUAUAAGAAAGCCCGCCAGGAGAUAAAAAAGAAAUCCUCUGACACCCUGAAACUGCAGAAGAAGGCAAAAAAAGUGGAUGCCCAGGGGAGAGGUGACAUCCAGCCUCAGCUGGACAGCGCUCUCCAGGACGUCAACGAUAAGUACCUGCUGUUGGAGGAGACGGAGAAGCAGGCCGUGCGCAAAGCGCUGAUCGAGGAGCGUGGUCGGUUCUGCGCUUUCAUCUCCAUGCUGCGGCCGGUGAUUGAGGAAGAGAUUUCCAUGUUAGGGGAAAUCACCCAUCUUCAGACCAUAUCGGAAGACCUGAAGAGCCUAACCAUGGACCCUCACAAACUGCCCUCCUCAAGUGAACAGGUGAUUCUCGACUUGAAAGGUUCUGACUACAGUUGGUCGUAUCAGACGCCACCCUCUUCCCCCAGCACGACCAUGUCCAGAAAGUCAAGCGUCUGCAGCAGCCUGAACAGUGUCAACAGCAGCGACUCCCGGUCCAGCGGUUCCCACUCGCAUUCCCCCAGCUCGCAUUACCGCUACCGCAGCUCUAACCUGGCCCAGCAGGCUCCCGUGAGGCUGUCCAGCGUGUCCUCCCAUGACUCAGGGUUCAUAUCCCAGGAUGCCUUUCAGUCCAAGUCACCGUCCCCCAUGCCACCUGAAGCUGCCAACCAGAACUCAUCCAGCUCGGCCUCCUCAGAAGCGUCGGAAACCUGCCAGUCAGUGAGCGAGUGCAGCUCCCCGACCUCAGUCAGCUCAGGGUCCACCAUGGGCGCCUGGGUGCCCGCAGAGAAGUUCUCUAACGGGUUUUCUCACGGUAGCUUAUCAAGUGAGUCCCAUGCAGGGCCCGUCCCCCAUUGCCUGCCUGCGUCCCGCCUGCUCCCGCGGGUGACCUCUGUUCACCUUCCUGACAAUGCUCAUUAUUACACCAUCGGGCCCGGCAUGCUCCCAUCAUCUCAGAUCCCUAGCUGGAAGGACUGGGCCAAGCCAGGACCCUACGACCAGCCGCUGGUGAACACCCUCCAGCGCCGCAAGGAGAAGCGUGAGGCGGACUCCAAUGGGGGCGGACCCGCUACCACAGGAGGUCCUCCUGCAGCUGCCGAAGAGAUGCAGAGGCCGAGGAGCAUGACCGUGUCGGCCGCCACCAGGCCUGGUGAGGAGAUGGAGGCCUGUGAGGAGCUGGCGCUUGCCCUGUCACGGGGCCUCCAGCUGGACAUGCAGAGGAGUAGCCGAGACUCACUGCAGUGCUCCAGCGGCUACAGCACUCAGACCACCACCCCGUGCUGUUCUGAGGACACCAUCCCCUCCCAAGGUACGAGGCGCCCAGCUUGCCGUCCGGCUUUGCGGGCGACUCCAGUUUCAGAUUAUGACUAUUUCUCUGUAAGCGGUGACCAGGAGGCUGAGCAGCAGGAGUUUGACAAGUCCUCCACCAUUCCAAGGAACAGCGACAUCGGCCAGUCUUACAGGCGGAUGUUCCAAGCCAAGCGCCCCGCCUCAACUGCUGGCCUCCCCACCACCCUUGGACCUGCGAUGGUCACACCAGGGGUUGCCACCAUCCGACGGACCCCUUCCACCAAGCCUUCCGUCCGUCGGGGGACCAUUGGCGCUGGUCCCAUCCCCAUCAAGACACCAGUGAUCCCUGUCAAGACCCCAACUGUCCCAGACCUUCCUGGGGUUUUGCCAUCCCCUCCAGAUGGGCCAGAGGAGCGGGGUGAGCACAGCCCCGAGUCUCCAUCUGUGGGGGAGGGGCCCCAGGGUGUCGCCAACAUACCCUCUUCCUUGUGGAGUGGCCAAGCCUCUGUCAACCCUCCACUUCCAGGCCCAAAGCCCUGUAUACCCGAGGAGCACAGACAGGCGAUUCCGGAGAGCGAGGCUGAGGACCAGGAAAGGGACCCCCCAAGUGCCACCGUCUCCCCAGGCCCGACUCCAGAGAGUGACCCUGCAGACCUGAGCCCGAGAGAGAGUCCUCAGGGAGAAGACAUGCUGAACGCCAUCCGGAGGGGUGUCAAACUGAAGAAGACGACCACUAAUGACCGCUCAGCCCCUCGCCUCUCUUAGGUUCUCAUAGUUGCCGGGAAACGCUGCCAGUGGGGAGUGAACUCUUUCAUUAAUAAAACCUAAUUUGUCUGAUCCAUUUCAGUCUAUAAUCAAGCAAAAGAUUUUGUAGGCAAUUGGGAAUUCUGCUCUUUUGAAAGUAUUCAUCUUUAGAUAAGAAUUAAAAGCAACAUAUGUAAUUGACAUAAUCUUGAUCUUUUAAUUUGUAAAUAUUGAAAGUUUCUUUCUGCAUAUUUUAAUCUUAGUUUCCCUUUUGAUUUUUCUGAAGGUGCCAAAUUCCAUUUAACUUUUUUACAAGUCUUUGUAAAAUUUUAAAUGCAUAAAGGGGAGGGGGUGGGCUGGGACUGGGACCCUGGAGUAAUUUCACAACAGGAUUACAUACUUAUUCUUCCCUCCUUCAAGCUUUUGUAGAUGCAUUGUAGCCGUCUAGUUUAGAAGCAAAUUCCAGUUACUUUAAUGGACAAACACAAUGGAUAAGGGGUGAAACCCUCUUUCACAUAUACUGUGUUCUGGAUGAGAAACUCAGAGUAACAAUUGAGCAAUAUGCAGAAAGAUAAACCUGGACAUGGUGGACUGUGUUGGGAUUGGGGGGGGAGGGCCGUGGGAGGGGCACACUGUCAACGUAGCCAAUCCUGUUACACUUAUGAGUAGCCUUGUAGGUUGAAUUUCCAGUAGCUUCAUGGUUAACGCAUCCGAAUAAGCCAUACUAGGUCGCAGUGUUUGUUCCCAUAGGGUUUUUAAGGACUCCCUUUCUCCCUGCAUUCUUCCCGACUGCACCCAGCACCCACAUCCAAUCCCACGCAUGCGUAACACAGGUGGACAUAGACCCGUUACUUUCCAGUCUCUUACACUCACUUCCACUGAAUCCAGAUACAUCCAAAGGGGUAAGGCAAUUCAGAAAAUGUGAAAACAUUAAAAAAAACGAUAGCAGGGAAUUCUUAGAUAUAGAAAAUGCCUUUUACUUAACUGUGCCCAGCAGGCUGGGUACCUUGAAAAGCCCAGAUAUUUUGAAGAAGAAAAGAAUAAAAAAAUAAAAAACUCAAACAGAUUUAUCAAGGGUAACCAGCUUGGAGUCUAGUGAUUUGCCAAUGUGCUUAACCAAUCAGGGGGCUUGUUUUUCUUCUGUCUGUAAAUAAGGGCAGGUGAUUGGCUUCUAAACACCGGAGCGAGGAGGAUUUAUUUACUGUCACUGGGAGUCUGAUCUCUAGUCAGGCAAUGUUUUUCCUUGUUUUAAAGAUGGAUUUGUCUUUUCUUUUAAGUGGAAGUUAAAUUUGUUACAAUGCCCAUCCCUAAUGUCUACAGGCCCUCAGCAGUACAGUAGCUGAGAGUCCAUGCCUGUUUCCAGGACAAGUGUGGCAGGUCCUCAGUGCUCUGAGGAUCUGUUGGCUCUACCCGCCGAGGACGUGAUCUUCUACUUUUAACGCAUAACCACACUGGAUGUGAGGGCCGUUCCUCUGGUCACUGUUUAUAUACUGACAUGUAUCACUGCUGUGGUUGCUCAAAGGACAUUUUAUGUUAUGGCUUUAAAAAAGGCAUGAUUAUUAGAAACGACGUAAGCUCUUUUCUUUGAAAAACAAGCUCCUUUUACGGACUAUACGCAAACAGUAGUGCCUGCGGUGUAGCCCGCCAAGCUCGAUGACUCAAGGUAGCUGAUGCAUUCCUCGUGCAGAUGAUGCUUGAGAUGGUUUCUGCAAAUGCAGAAAUCGCUGCAAGGUCAUUCUAAUAGAUGCAAGUGGUAUUUUAAACCUCUGAAAGGAAUGGAUGUAACUGUACGUUGGUACAGCUUUUCACUUGUUUAGUUUUUAAACGUUAGUAUAAUCUGAAUAAAGUUAAUAUAAACUGUUGCCAAAUUCAAUGUAGAAAGAAUGUGACAAACGCCUUGGGUAGUUCUGUUUGUGUUUUUGCAUAUUGUAAAAGCAGUGUCACAGCUGAAAACGAACCCUUCCUAAAGGUCACUUCCUGUGGUUUAGUUGUUAGUUUGUAUUGAGAGUUGACCUCUCCCUGUGCAGUUUUUGUUCUAAACUUGUAUAAAUAACAGUGUGUAAAGUGUCUCCCUUCCACAAUGUAACAAUUGCUUCAGCCUACCUUAUAAAUAAAGAGCCACUAAGGAAA